AUGCCUCCACGGCUACAGCUCCUUGCCCACGACUUGGACGUUGACCCCGAUGACCUGAAUAGCGAUCCAGGUGUCAUCGCUUCUAUGCCUCUUCCUUGGGCGGGCUCGCGGCGCCGCCGCCGCUUCUCUAGGGGUCCGCUCGGUUACCUCUCCCGCUUCGCUUCACGCGUACACUUCCUACCAGUAUUCUUCCUUGCUGUUGUCCUACUUGCUCUCUAUAUAAUCUGCUUCUAUCUGCGCGCACUCUGGUGGGGCGCAGACCCCGUUGCUUCUAUUCAACGCGACGUCUACACAUAUGUCCCGAAUCGGCGCCCAUCAUGCCCGAUGCGCUCAUGGCAGCGCGAGCGCUACGCCCAUAUAGAACAUGCCAACCGGACCCUCUUUAUCGCCGCCAAUCUGUAUAAUAACGAGGACGUGCUUCCAACAUUCUUUCAAGAAUUGCCGGUCCUGCUGCAAUAUCUGGGUCCGGCCAAUGUCUACAUAUCCAUAUAUGAGAACGGUAGUAGCGACAAGACGCCGCAGCUACUCGACUUACUCCGCGAGCUACUUACCGUCACUGGUACCCCGCAUCACAUCCUGUCGGAUCCCAACGCGCCCGUCUCGCACAAUCAACCUGGACAUCGGAUCGCCACACUGGUUGGCGUGCGCAAUCUUGCUAUGGAACCAUUAUACAGCGGCACUGCAGCUGCAUACGUGCCUCAUGAGAGAUUCGACGAAGUUCUCUUCCUCAACGACAUCUUCCACUGCGCGUCGGACGUCCUCGAACUAUUUCACCAAAAGCGGACUCAAGGGGCAGACCAGGUCUGCGCUACAGACUGGGGAGACCCGGUAGUAUACGAUCGCUGGGUUUUGCGUUCUAUCACCGGAAACUCGUUCUAUCGCUACGAUCAACUUCAAGACUACUUCAACAAGCCUGGUCCAGAUGGAAAGCGCACAGCCGUUCCACCUGUCCUUCCUCACGACGACAAGGAUCGUACGCGCUUCCUCGCCAACCUUCCGCUACAGGUCUUCUCGUGCUGGAACGGCGCAACGGUGUUUGACGCCGACCCAUUCACGACGGGGCCAGACCCACUGCGCUUCCGUAUGUCCCACGCGGAUUUGGACAGUGACGGACAACCAAAAGAAGCGACCGACAAGGCGAGCGAGUGCUUUUUGCCCAGCGUAGACCUAUGGCGCCAGGGCCGUGGGCGCAUCCUUCUCGUGCCGCGCGCCAGCGUUGCCUAUUGGUACGAUGCAUACCGGACGUACAGGAAGGACGGCCUUUUGCCAGCUUCGCCAGAAGAAGAACGUGUGGAGUGGGUGGAUGUGCCUCCAGCAAAGGUCGCUAUGCAGGAUAACGCCGUGUGGUGGGAGGCAGAGCGGUGGGCACCUUGGGAUGAACAAUAA